GUGCGUCUGCUGCGCGCUCGGCACAAACUUGGAUAAGUUCCCUCCAGCCUGACGCUCCUAGGGAGACCCGACCCUGUUCCCUGUGGGAGUCCCGACCCUGUUCCCUGUGGGAGUCCCGACCCUGUUCCCUGUGGGAGGAUCACCCGGACCCGGGCCUGUCCGCGGUGGACAGGAUGGAUAACUCGUGGUGCGUCCUGGCUCUGUGUAUGCUCGUGCUCUCUCUGGGCUUCAGGAUCGAGGAGGGCACGUGCCAACACUACUAUCUGCUGCGGCCCAUUCCCAGUGACACUCUGCCCAUAGUGGAGCUAAAAGAGGACCCGGACCCGGUGCUGGACCCCCGGGAGAAGGACCUGAACGAGACGGAGCUGAGGAGCGCGCUGGGCAGCCACUUCGACCCGCACUUCAUGUCCGUGCCCCCGCCGGAGGACCGGUACGCGGGGAGCGAGGACGGGAGCGAAGCGGAGCUGCGGCAGAAGCUGUCCGGAGCGAUGCCCAAAGAGAUCCGGGCCAUGGAGUUCGAGGUCCAGCACGGCAAGAAGCAGAAGCCGAGCAGGAAGCUGCGGAGGAGGCUGCAGCUGUGGCUGUGGUCGUACGCCCUCUGCCCGGUGGUUCACGCCUGGAACGACCUGGGCAGCCGGUUCUGGCCGCGCUACGUGAAGACGGGCAGCUGCUACAAUAAGCGGUCCUGUUCGGUCCCAGAAGGGAUGUUCUGCAAACCCGCCAAAUCGACUCAUUUCACCAUCCUGCGAUGGCGCUGCCUGCAGAAAAAGGGGGGUCUGAAAUGCGCCUGGAUACCGGUCCAGUACCCGGUGGUGUCAGAGUGCAAGUGCUCCUGUCAGAACUGAGCCGAACUCUGCUCAUUCACACACAUGAAGGAGAACAUGGACCCGUCCUGGGUCACCGAACUGUCGGACUGCUUCUGUUCUCUGUGAAGUGUAAUAUUGAUAUUAAUAUUAAUAUAUAAUAACCUGCAUCAGUGAACAGACUCACAGCUGAGAUGAGCAGAACGACUCCAACAGAAAUGUCUCAGUUUGUUUCGUUGAUUUCUGUCUUUUAAAAUCCAGUUUUGCUGCAGCAGCAUAUUUGCUGACAUCUGGACGGAACCUGCAGGUCCAGAUGUGAGCGAUCCUGCUGCAGAACUCAAACAGCAGUUUGAUGUUGAUUAAAGUUUAAUGAGCGUUUGUUAAUGACGGUUAUUAAAAUGUCGCCUGUAUAUUUGAUGCACAUGUUGUUUUUAUUGUUUCAUGACAGAAGUGUGUAUAAAGGAACAUCAUCGGA